AUGAAGUUAGAGUUAGGGAAAGUUAUGGAUGGAAGAAAUGAUAGGUCUAGGGAAAAUGAAGACACUGGUAGAGAAAGCUAUACUACAAGAAAUGAUAGGUCUAGGGAAAAUGAAGACACUGGUAGAGAAAGUUAUGCUACAAGAAAUGAUAGGUCUAGGGAAAAUGAAGACACUGGUAGAGAAAGUUAUGCUACAAGAAAUGAUAGGUCUAGGGAAAAUGAAGACACUGGUAGAGAAAGCUAUACUACAAGAAAUGAUAGGUCUAGGGAAAAUGAAGACACUGGUAGAGAAAACUAUGCUACAAGAAAUGAUAGGUCUAGGGAAAAUGAAGACACUAGUAGAGAAAGUUAUGGUACAAGAAAUGAUAGGUCUAGGGAAAAUGAAGACACUGGUAAAGAAAGAUAUGCUACAAGAAAUGAUAGCCCCAAAGCGGGUGAUAGGAACGUAUCAGUGUAG